AUGUCAUUAUUUGCAUCACUUUCAAAGAUUGGAUCAAUCAACAACAUCAACUCUAUUAAACAAUCCUCUUCAAAUAAUUCAAUGAUUAUUUCAAUGAACAAUGGAAGCAGUAUUCAAUCUGAAAAUAUGAACGCCUUUUCCAAACCAUUCUGGGGAAAAUGUGAUCAAUCGAAUCUUGUAAAUAAUAAUAAUAAUCACUUUAAUGUUCACAAUCAAAAUCUAUGA